CUCUCCUUUUAUCUCUCAUUUCCCCUAAUUUAUCAUUCUCAAACAACAACAAAGACUUAUGCAAACGCAGAAUCAAAUGGCGGUCGAAGCUCCGAAUAUGAAUCUUUUUCCUCCUCGGUUCAUCCCCAACGGAGAUUUUAUGAAAGUUAAUCAAGGGAGGGGGAAUCAAUACAAUACCCAGAUGACCACCUGUGUUCCUUUGGCUGAAACAACCUUUUAUCAAUCUAUUUGCAAAACUUCAAUCAACAAAGCUGACAGUGGGGUUACGUAUAACGUGAAUAUCCCAGUUUCGGCUCAGAGGAUAAGGCCAAGAGAUGAAUCGCACACAGUUCCUCGAAAGAACAAAUUUUCUGGCGUUUUCUCUCAGAUCCAGCAACAACAGCAACAGGAAAUCGACCGUUUGAUUGCUCAACAUAUAGAGAAGGUAAGUGUGGAGGUUGAAGAAAGGAGGAAGAAGCAGUCGAGAACGUUGAUGACGGCGAUCCAAGAAGGUGUUAUGAAGAAACUGAAGGAGAAAGACGAUGAGAUUCAAAGAAUGGGGAAACUGAACUUGGUUCUUCAAGAAAGGGCGAAAAGCCUCUGUCUGGAGAACCAACUAUGGCGGGACUUGGCUCAGACGAACGAAGCCACCGCCAAUUCUCUACGCACCAAUCUAGAACAGGUCCUCGCCCAUGUCGGCGAAGAACGCCACGCGAACAGCGGAGGGUCGGCUAAUGAUGCCGAGUCUAGCUGCGGAAGCAACGACGGAGGGUGGCGCAGGGUGGUGGGGCCGCCGCAAGAGCAGGCGGCAGGGAAGUGCGGAAAGUGCGGGGAGAAGGAGUCCAGUGUGGUGUUGCUGCCAUGCCGGCAUCUCUGUCUGUGUGCAAUGUGCGGGUCCACUCGGGUAGCCACUUGCCCCGUCUGUGACUCUGUCACCAAUGCCAGUGUUCAUGUUAACAUGUCUUGAAACAAAUUUGUUGUCUCUUUUAUUUAGAGUUUUAGUGAAAAGAAAAACAAAAU